UACUAUUAAUGUUUAGUAGCAAGAAACGAGUUGAAUUAUAAAGAUGGCACAAAUAAAUCUUUUUAUUACAACGCUAUUUAUAACAACGUCCUUAGCAUUCACCACCACUGAAAAAACCGAUAUUAUUCCGUCUAUCGGCGCUUGUAACUUUUUUGAAUCAUUUCCAAGUGUUUCUGACAGUGUGUUCGAAGUGGUAAGCACUAAUAUUACUUAUCCACAUACAAACGUUAUCAAAACUAUUGUUUAUGCUGGUUUGCAAUGGGAUACUCCAUCAGACCGGAUUAGUUACAUCUCAGAGUUUUUGAACAGCGUUUAUCCAACUCAAAAAUGGAGUAUUAUUGAAAAUUAUAAUAAAGGAAUGAUUUAUUCAACGAAAUACUUGAAUUUUAAAGUUUCACAUAAUCAUCAUGGCAGAAUAAAUUAUUAUAUAUUUACUUCUGAUUAAUUUCUUCUCAUAAUAAUUGUUCUCAUAUCAUUUCCAAUAAAAAAAAAAAAAGAUGUUUUGUUAAAAGUGAUUUUACGUGUAGAUAAUAAAAGCAAUAAAUCUGAA